AUGCGGGAGGCCUCCGGGCCGGAGGAGUCGGAGGCGGGCUCCGAGGCGCAGUGCGCAGGGACCUGCCACGCGCAGCGCGUCCUGCAGACCCUCAACGCCUACCGGCGGAGCGGCACCCUCACCGACGUGGUGCUGCGCGCCGGCGGCCGCGACUUCCCGUGCCACCGGGCGGCGCUCAGCGCGGGGAGCGCCUACUUCCGCAGCCUGUUUGCGGCCGGGCGGCCGGAGCGCGGCCUGGGAGCGGUGCCCGUGGUGCCCGUGGCGCCCGAGGGGUCGGCCGCGGCGCUGGCCGCGGUGCUGGACUACGUGUACGGCGCGGGGGUGCGGCUGCGCACCGAGGACGAGGCGGCCGCCGUGCUGGCGCUGGCCGAGCGGCUGGGCGUGCCGGGCCUGCGGGAGGCCUGCGUGCGCUUCCUCGAGGGCCGCCUGCGCGCCGCCAACAGCCUGGCGCUGCGCCGCGUGGCCGCCGCCUUCUCGCUGGCCUCGCUGGCCGAGCGCUGCGGCCGCGUGCUGCGCCAGGCCUUCGCGGAGGUGGCGUGCCACGCCGACUUCCUGGAGCUGGCCCCCGACGAGGUGGCGGCGCUGCUCGCCGACCCGGCGCUCGGCGUGGCCCGGGAGGAGGCGGUGUUCGAGGCGGCCAUGCGCUGGGUGCGCCAUGACGCGCCCGCCCGCCGGGGACAGCUGCGGCGCCUCCUGGAGCACGUGCGCCUGCCGCUGCUGGCACCCGCCUACUUCCUGGAGAAGGUGGAGGCCGACGAGCUGCUGCAGGCCUGCGGGGACUGCCGCCCGCUGCUGCUGGAGGCCCGCGCCUGCUUCAUCCUGGGCCGCGAGGCUGGAGCGCUGCGGGCCCGGCCGCGGAGAUUCAUGGACCGAGCGGAAGUGAUCGUGGUCAUUGGCGGCUGCGACCGCAAGGGGCUCCUGAAGCUGCCCUUCGCCGACGCCUACCACCCAGAGAGCCGGCGCUGGACCCCUCUUCCCAGCCUGCCCGGCUACACGCGCUCAGAGUUCGCCGCCUGUGCCCUCCGCAAUGACAUCUAUGUCUCGGGAGGCCACCUCAACAGCCAUGACGUGUGGAUGCUCAGCUCCCAUCUGCACACCUGGAUCAAGGUGGCCUCACUGCACAAGGGCAGGUGGAGGCACAAGAUGGCGGUCAUUCAAGGCCAGCUGUUCGCGGUGGGCGGCUUUGACGGCCUGCAGCGCCUGCGCAGCGUGGAGCGCUACGACCCCUUCUCCAACACGUGGGCGGCCGCUGCGCCGCUGCCGGAGGCGGUGAGCUCGGCCGCCGUGGCGCCCUGCGCGGGCCUGCUCUACGUCAUCGGGGGCGCGGGACCGGACGGCGCCAGCACCGACAAGGUGCAGUGCUUUGACCCCAAGGAGGACCGGUGGAGCCUGAGGGCCCCAGCCCCCUUCUCACAGCGGUGUUUGGAAGCUGUCUCCCUGGAAGACACCAUCUACGUGGUGGGGGGCCUCAUGAGCAAAAUCUUCACCUAUGACCCUGGCACAGAUGUCUGGGGGGAGGCUGCUGCCCUCCCGGGCCCUGUGGAGAGCUGUGGCCUGGCUGUGUGUGAUGGGAAGAUCCACAUUCUUGGCGGCCGGGAUGAUCGCGGGGACAGCACUGACAGGGUCUUCACCUUUGACCCCAGCAGUGGGCAGGUGGAGGCCCAGCCGUCCCUGCAGCGUUGCACCAGCUCCCAUGGCUGUGCCACCAUCGUCCAGAGCCUGGGCAGGUGACUCGGACCCGAUGGUCUGAGCCGGGGCUGCUGAGGUGGGUGGGGCAUGCAGAGGUACCACUCUGUUCCCCUCCUGGUCCCUCCGUGUAAAUAGCCCUCCAGCAUGGGUCCCCUUUCUUAAAGAA